AUGAUUUCCUCUUCACAACUUAAUUUAUCUCAAAAACUUGAAGAUUGCUUGAGCUCGGUCUGGUUACUGGGCAAAUCUAAAAUCUCUCAAGUUUUCAAUGGUUUUACGCAAUCAGAGACUUCAAGUAGGACCCAAACCCCAGAAAAUAAUUCGGACACUGAAUCAAGUCUAGAUGAAUCAUCAAUCUCAAAGUUUUGUUCAAGGUCAGAUCUUGAUCCGACUUUAAAGCGAAUUGGAGAUGCACUUCAACACUCAAUCUUUUACUCCUCUGAAUUCCUCACAUUACCUUCAAAGUAUCAAGCAUUGUGCACUCAGAUUCAAAAACAAGUAGACUCUCUAGAUUUGAUCACUCAACAUUCAUCAGUAUUUCUCAAGAAAAACCAAAGUCAGCUUACCCUUAUGAUGAUAGAUUUAUUGAACCUUGUUUGCGAAAUGGUUGACGAUUUGUAUUGGAAUGCGAAGAGUUUAGACAUGAAAGUGAAGGCUCCUUUUUAUGGAUUGAAAUUUUUCCGACAUGAUUUUGAUUUGUUAGAUGAACUUUCGUAUGCUGAUUAUCUUGCAUAUCAAUCAGACUCAGCUGGGAACACAUCUUACUCGAUUCGAAUGCUCGGCAAUGUUGACGUGAGUUCCACACAAUUAUCUCUUUUGCGAUCUGCAGCCGAUGCUUCCUCAAUUAUGGCACAUCAAUCUCUACGGGCCAUUUUCGCUAUCAACGCCGAAGGACCGCAUCACGUACGAAUCGUUUGCUAUCAUGCAGCAGGAGCCAUUUGUACGGAAAAAAUCAAUCUUCAAACCUCCAUGUAUCGAUUUAUUGAGGCUAUGGUUUGCGUGCUUAUCAAGGAUCCCGAACAAGCUGGAAUUGAUUCAAAGAUGAACCGUGAAGGGGUUGUGACGCCUUUUGGUUGUUAUCGAGUUGUGAAAGACUUUGUGAACAGUCCAGCUUACCUUGGAAAAUCACUUCGAGUCUGCCUAUUAGAGUCUCAAUCAGAAUCAUCUAGAAGCCCUUCUACAGCGGACUCGAUAUCAGGCAUCUCACUCCAAUCCCAAUCUACAAAACCUUACCAACAUCGAAUUUCUAUCAUCCUUUUAAACCUUCCUCUUUGUAUAAUGUUGGAUCAAAGUGUUAUACAACAACCAAUGCAAAUUUCAUCCAAUUCACAUUUAUCAGAAAUUUCAGAAUUGUUUAUCAAAACUCAAUGUACAGCUUUCUUACAUGAUCUUGAUUUAGCUUAUUCUCAUCAAAAUCAAAAAGUUAUUUAUCAAAAAGAAGUUAAAGGUACUAGAGGUUUCUUAUCAAUCAGAUUACUCAAAGAAAAAGUCAAGAAUUCUAAAAAGUUUUUCCUUCAAAAUUCAAUCGAUGAUCUUGAAUCUUUCUUAUGGUUAUUAAUCAAAGUUAUUUAUCAAAUUCAAAAACCUAAAAAAAGCUUUACUAAAACAGAUUUAAAGAUGAUGAAGAAAUUGAACCAUGAUUGUUCAGAUCAAUUGAUGUUAAAUAAUAAAUUAGAUUUGAUUAAUUAUUUUUUAAAUGAAAAAAGUGAAGAUGAAGAUAAACUUUCUAGCAUUUCACCCAUCAAACCUUUAUUGAAAAACUUAUUCCAGUUCAUGUCUAUUCAAAAGUGUAAGCUUGACAAACUUUCUAAAUCCAAAAAUUGUUUUAAUCAACUUGAUGUUUUAGUUAUAGAAACUUAUAAAACCUUUUUCAAAGAAUUAAUCUCUGUAAUUCCUAAUCUACCUAACACUUGGGAGAUUUGA